ACAGAUCUUUGUCACAUUCUAAAUCCAGAAAGCUCGCGUCCAGAAAUCUGCGAACAUAAGCUGUAGUGAUCGGAAAGUGCCUGUGAAAAACAAAACAAUCCAAACAUAAUAUACGUGUAGAACUGAAAAAUUAAAUAAAAGAAAAUACCAUACCACUGAACAAAAAUGUGCACGCAAAAAGUACAAAUUGCGCUCGCUCUCCUUGCCUGCGCCUUCGUCGUGGAAGCUGCUGUGUUCACACAACCUGCCCUUUUGCAUCCUGCGCACCCCGGCAAAUGCUUCGACAAGUUCACCAGACGCGCUAUGCUGCCACACAAGGAAUACAAGCCGAAGGGCAUCUGCGCCGCCAUGACGUGCGACAUUGAGGCGAGGCAGAUCAAUAUCGAGACCUGUCCCUACGUUGAAAUGCCCGGCUGCGAGGAGCUGCCCACAGAUGCCAACUGGAGCUUCCCCAAGUGUUGUCCGCAGUUCAAGUGCGUCGACUUUAAAACCGGCAAGGAGUUUGUCGUCUCGCUGUAGAUAUACUUGUAUUAUGCGACAACGUGAUUUUACAUGAAAUGUAUUCGUAGAUAUGUAUGUAAAUCUGCAUGGGAGUGUGAAUGUGUUUUUGUGCGAUAUAUCAAGUAUAUAUAUAUAAAUGUGUCUGUAUGUGCGAAUGUUUUUCAUUUACUAUAAAUUCUUAACUUAUUUAUUUUUCAAAUAUGUACAUAAACUCAAAAAUUGCAUUGCAUCUAUAAAAAAUUGUCCUACACCUACGACCCCUUUUCCAUGACUCAUGUGUGAAGAAUUUUAUUUUGAUUUAUUCAAAAAGCCUGUAUGCGAUAUUUGCAAAUUUAACUCAUAAUUGUAUACUAUAUGUAAAAUGGCUUAGUUUUUAAGUUUUUAUGCCA